CGCCUACAUCUGCUGAUAUCACACACGUAUGCCCAGUUUCCAUGUGCGAAGCGAUUCCAUUUGCACGAGUGCACGGAGUAUUUCUCAAAUCAAAAUCGCUGCUGCAUCAUCUUCCUCGAAGAAGUAACUGCCCACACAAGGAAAAGGCAGCGAGACAGAGAUAAGCAGCUCCAGAUAACUAACACUCUUCCCAGAGUUGUGGCCCACCAUGAUGAUCGCUCUACAUCUGCCCAUGCCUUCUUUGGACACUCUACAUCUUCCCAACAAACACCACCACCACCCCUUCCUUCCUUCUCCUGCCAUUGUAGCAUCCCGGCAUUCCAUUGCUAGCCUCCGUCUUCGCCGUGGGCCUGGCAUUGUCUUCGUUGGCAAGGAAGAGACUGAAUUGCGCGCCCCACCGGAUGAAGAUCAGAAUGCUCCCCCCGAUGACGAAGAGCUCGUGCGCCGGAUCCAAAGAGUUUUGGAGCUUCUAAGGAAAAACAGAGAUAUGCUCUUCAGUGAGGUUAAGUUAACAAUGAUGAUUGAGGAUCCAAGAGAAGCUGAGCGCAAGAGAUUGCUUGGUAUAGAAAAUUCUAGUGAUGUGACUAGGGAUGAUUUGGUUGCUGCUUUAGAAGAUGUAAACGAGGGAAGAAUUCCUGAAAACCGUGUUGCUCUUCAGAUGCUUGCUGAGGAAAUGAUAAAUUGGCCUAAUCUUGAGGUUGCAGCCACGAAGAGUAAGCCUAGCAAAUCUCUAUAUGCGAAAGCCACCGACACUGGAGUCAAGCCUGAAGUAGCUGCAAGAAGACUUAACAUUGAUUGGGAUUCAGCUGCUGAGAUUGAGGAUAGUGAUGAGAGUGAUGAAGUAGACUUGCCUCCAGCUGUGGGUUAUGGCGCGCUGUACCUAGUCACUGCAUUGCCAGGCAUCAUUGGUAUAUCAGUUGUAUUGAUUCUCUUCUAUAAUUCUCUCCAAUAGAUUUUUUUUCCCUCCCAACUUCUUGUGGGCAGUGUAUACGUCGAUCUGUAUUUCUGGCUGUAUUUAUUGUAUCAUUACAUCCCCUACAGUGUAAAAGUCGAGCAGAAUCCAAUGGUUUUCCCAGAGUGUAAUCGUUGUAAUCAAAUGAAAUCGAGAAGCUUGUUUAUUUAUAGAGGUUGGCUUUAUCUGUA